AUGAUCGAGAAUGCUUGGCGCUGGGCGGCUGCGCGUCAGCUCUUGCGUAAGUCUCCAAUCCAUGGAGAAGAGGAAGCUACCCUGGUAUUGAGUGAGUCGUUUGAGCUCCUGGACGAGCAGGGGGAGUCUAUGUCGAUGAAUGGAUCGAUCGAAAUGGAGGACGAGACGGGCUAUUUGCUGCAAAACGACCUCCCGGCUGUGGAUGCUGACGAGGCAGACAUCCUGCGUGGCAAUCCUGCAGGCUCCUCCAGUGCAGGGAUUGUGUUUCCAUCUCUGCAGCAGAAUGCUUCUCCGCUCAGCAUCUUGCCGGCUUUCCUUGAAGUCUUGGGGCGCAAGAUUGACAAUAUCGAAGAUGUUGUGGAGCGCUUGGAUGGCUUCGAUGGUGCUCGAGUGAUUGGGCCUCCUUGCCAGCAAUACAUGCUACGUGAUCAGAUCAAAGCGGCCCUGCAGACCAUGAAGGGUUUGUUUGACGGUUUGACGAAGAAGCAGUCAGAGGCCCUGACCAGCAUCCCGGACAA